CUCUUACGUGCCUGGCAGAGAGGGAUGUAAACAGCUAACAGCUAGCUAGCAUGCCCGUUCCCCAGUCAGCGUCGGCUCAGAUUACACACCUACACCCGGUGCCGGACUGAACUCCCCACAAAGGAACCGACCGGAUGUCUGAGCUCUGCUACUAAAACCAAGGUCUGACGGGACGUGUGACGCUCGCUGCUUCCUGUCCGCAGGAGAGGACGAAGAAACGGACGAAGAGUUUCUGCCUUUCCGUUCGUUAGUAAAUCGUUCAUUCAGCGUCUUGACGACGGACCUACCGUCCGCCAGGAGCUGCGCAAGUCACGUUCACAUAGAAAGGCGCGUUUGGUUUUGUGAAAACCUCGCUCGGUUUUCUACGUAAAAAACCCCGGGAGAUCAUUGAGGUCCCCCCCCCCCACACACACCCCGUGCGGCCAUGUUGGGCCCUCAGUUGCUUCCUGCCACCGCCGCACCUCCUUCUUAAAAUCUACACCUUAAAUUUUUUGGGACCAAAAGCCAAAGCUCCUUAAACUGCUGCUGUGCUUUUGAUUUAUUUAUUCCACACUAUUUCAUUUUUUAUUUUUAUUUUUCGCGGCUUUUGAUUGUUCCUCGCCGUCUACCGGUCGGCCAAUCAUGGCGCAGUCCGGCUCGGUGGCGUCAACGGCGGCGGCGGCCGACCUGCUGAUCGACGGCAACAAAGAGGGAGCGUCUCUCCCGGCAAAGAGCGUCGCCAAGCAACUGAUCGUAACCACGGCGACGGAGGGUUCGGAAGUCAAAGCCGAGAUGCGGAGCAGCAGCAGCAGCAACGGCGCCGACGACAGCCCUCGUCCCUCCAAAGUCCCAAAAGACGAGGACGGCGAGGACGGCGAGGAGGAGGAGGAGGUCACGCCCACGCCGCCGGAUUCGUCCUCGCUGUCGUCCGAGAACGGGGCGAUGACCGGCGCCGUCACGGAGGAGGAGUCUCUCUCGGCUCGACUCAGACACGGCAAGGAGACGGGUCUGGACACGGAGGAGAGCGUCUCCGUGGCGACGGCAGGCGGCUCCGACGAGCAGCGGGAGUCCACAGACUCGGCGUCCUUCUCCCUCCCGAGCCUGGAGCUGUCGGACGCCGCGGCGGCGGCGAUCGCGGGAAGCUCCGUGGACUCGUCCUACUCCGCUCUGGGGGCGGACGGCCUGUCCCCGUCCACGGAGGCGCCCGGUCUGAAGGAGGACGACGUGCUGGAGGCUGCCGGGGGCGCUGUAGCUGUCGCUGCUGCGGCGGAGGCCGGGCCGUCCAUGCCGGCGUAUUACCUGGUGAAGUGGAUCACCUGGAAGGAGAAGAAGACUCCCAUCAUCACGCAGAGCGAGAACGGGCCGUGCCCCCUGCUGGCCAUCAUGAACACGCUGUUCCUCCGCUGGAAGGCUAAACUUCCUGCUCAGACUGAAGUCGUCACAACUGAGGACCUGAUGGCUCACCUAGGAGAGUGUGUGUUGUCUGUUACACCAAGAGAGAAGGCCAACGGGAUGGAGCUCAACUUCCAGCAGAACAUGAGUGAUGCCAUGGCCGUGCUCCCUAAGCUGUCCACAGGUCUGGACGUUAACGUUCGUUUCACCGGAGUGACGGACUUUGAGUACACGCCGGAGUGCAUCGCGUUCGACCUGCUGGACAUCCCGCUGUACCACGGCUGGCUGGUCGACCCACAGAGUCCAGAGGUGGUGGCUUCUGUGGGGAAACUGAGCUACAACCAGCUGGUGGAGAAAAUCAUCGACUACAAACACUCACCGGACAGCAGCCGAGUCAGUGAAGGUCUGGUGGCGGAGCAGUUCCUGGAGUCCACAGCGACCCAGCUGUCCUAUCACGGUCUGUGUGAGCUCAACACGAUGGCCAAGGAGGGAGAAAUCUCAGUGUUCUUCAGAAACAACCACUUCAGUACCAUGAUCAAACACAAGGGCCACCUGUACCUGUUGGUGACGGACCAGGGCUUCCUGCAGGAGGACGGUUUGGUGUGGGAGUCUCUUCAUAACGUCGAGGGAGACGGAAACUUCUGCGACUCGGACUUCCGGCUGUGUCACCCUCCGCAGAGAGCUCCGCCCCCCGCCAGCCUGCCGCCCAGCGCCCAGGAGCAGCAGAGACAGAUCGACCAGGACUACCUGGUGGCGGUCUCCCUGCAGCAGCAGCAGGGCGGGGCCCCGGGGCCCCUCAGUGACCUGGAGUUGGCCCGACAGCUCCAACAGGAAGAAUACCAGCAACAGCAGCAGCAACUACAGCAACAACAGCAGCAACAGCAACCGCAGCAACAGCAGGGAUCACCUCCUGCAGCAAUGCAGGUCAGAGGUCAGGGGUCACAGCAGGGCGGAGCGAGGAGAAGAGAGAAGGACUCGGACUGUGUCGUCCUAUAGACUCCUUUAUUAUCAUCGUAAUCUGUCGAGACACACACACACACACACAGACACACACACACACACACACACACAAAGACACACAGAUAUACACACAGACAGACAGACAGACAGACACAGAUACACACACAC